CGACUCUUCUCCCGCCCGCGUCGUCCCUGCCCCGCUCAGUCGAGGCACCAUGACGACGACUCGUCGUCUCCCCUCGCGCUCGCCCACGCCCGAAGAUCCCGCCAUCCUGGCCUUUCUCGCACGCGCCAAAGCGUCCGCCGCGCCGCUUUCCGCCGCAGACGAAGCAGCGCGUGCCGCGCGUCUCGCCGCGGGCGGAGCGACGCAGGUGCGCAGCCGCUUUGAGCGCGAGCGGGAUGAGGCCGCCAGAAGGAAGAAGGAGGAGGAGGAGAGGGCGGCGCUGGCGUAUAGGGAACUGCUGAGGGACAUGGAGGGAGAGGAGGAGGUGAGGGAGAAGAAGAAGCAGGUCGGCUUCGUGCGCGCGGGCGGCGUCGCCUAUGCCCCCACCGCCCGUGCUCCAGCCGCACGAGCGCCCUCCCCACCCCGUGUGCCCGCUUCAGCCCGCAGCGGCAUCGGCUCGAGCUCGAGCGGCGGCGGCAGCGGCAUCGGCAUGCGUCGCGCGUUCGGCGAUGACGAUGAGGAAGAAGAGGCAAUGGCACCGCCGCGCGGAGGCCUGGGCGUCGCGAGAGGCUUGGCACCUGGCCUGGCGGGCCGGAAUCCGGCGGCGGCGUUUGUGAGACCUGCGGUGCAGGCGCAGCAGACGGAGAAGAGAGGUGGGAUUGGAGGGGCGGCGUUUGGGGAGGAGCGUGUUGAGGAUACUGCUGCAUCAGGCUCGAGACGCAGAGAGCCGCCGGGCAAGAAGCGGCGCGUGAUGGAGGACUUCGCUGGCGAGCUGGCGCGAGAUCAAGCCGCUCGCGAGACGCGCAUCAAGGAGCGUCUGGGCGACAACACAUCAGUCUCAGCCGUGCUGGCGCAAGAGACGGCGCCCCGAAGCGGCAGCCACAGCACGGGCGACCACAACUCCACAAACGUCUGUGUGCUCAAUUUGCCCGGCGACGUGACCGAGGCCGAGCUGGGGCGCCACUUUGCGCGCUACGGCGACGUCGCUACCGUCAAGAUCAUGUAUCCGCGCGAUCAUCGACCCGACAUGGGCGCCGGCGCACUCAAGGGCCUCGUAGGCUUCGUGAGCUUUAUGCGUCGCGAGGACGCAGAGUAUGCGAUGCAGCAUGCCGACGGGGCAAAGUGGGAGUCAAACGGCGCUACGCUGUCCACUAGCUGGGGCAAGGGGAUGCCAAAGCCGGCGCGAGCACUUUAUCCGCAAUCAAGCUUCGCAAAGCAAGAACGUCGGCGCGGCACCUCUCCCGUCCGUCUGCGUCCUCGCUCUCCCGAAGGCGGCCCUCGUCCUCAUCGCCGCACGCGCGGGCGCAGUACGAGUCCCUGCAGUGUCCUCCGCGAGCGGCUCGAGAUCUACGAUGCGCCGCUGCUGCGCACCAUGCAAGAGAUUGCACCGCAUGCGAGAGAGUACGGCGAUAAGUUCCUCAACGUCGUCCGGGAUCGUGAGCGCGCGAAUCCGCGCUUUGAGUUCUUGCGCGAUGAGAACCUGCCUUCCUAUCAGUACUUCGCCUCGCUCGUCGAUCCGACUUACAUCCCACACAUCGAAGCACCGCCCUUCAGCGACGAGGGCUAUGCAUCGCUCUACUCGAGCGACUCGGAGGAGGAAGCCGAGGCCGAGAACAUGCGCAAUCGCCGCGGCGACGAGCUGUCGCCUGCUGCUCGUCGACGCUUCGAGGCGAUGCUGCGAGGCAUUACGCCGCGGCGAGAGCGCAUCGCUCGCGCUAUGGCGUUUGCCAUCGAGCGGGGACAUGCUUCCGAGACGAUCUCCGAGAUCCUCGUCGCCUCACUCCUGCAGCCCUCAACGCCUCUAGCUCGCAAGCUAGCCCGUCUUCACGUCGUCUCCGACAUCCUGCACAACAGUGCCGCCCCACUGCCGCACGCGUGGAAGUACCGUGCAGCGCUCGAGGCUCGUUUGCCGACGGUGAUGCGGCAUUUCGCCGACGUGGCGCGCAGCCUGGGCGGACGACUGAGGCAGGAGGCGGCGAGGGCGGGAGUCAGGGUCGUCCUGGAUGCAUGGGAUGAGUGGCUUGUCUACCCGAAGGAGACGAUUGAUGAGUGGCGCCGCUUGCUCGACGGCGGCGCGGAGAGCUAGCAAUGCCGAUGCGUCCGCUGCAAAAGUGCCAAGCUCGAAGACUCGGCGUGCGCGGCGAAAGGCAGCGAUCCUUUCGCGCCUCUGCAGCUCUCGAUCACACAAGUCAGACGAAAGAUGUAAGGGGGGCUGCAGCGCAAAGGCAU